UUAUUGUCAUUACACCCUUGCUUCAUCUUUUUCCGUAAUCCACCACCUAAUAUUAAUCAUCUAGGGUUCCUCUAACAACCAAAAAAAAGAAAGAAAAACUUUCUUCUAGGGUUUGCCGUAAACUUCUAAGUUGUCCCUCUAGCAUGGACAAACCUGGUGGCCUCUUCAUCCCCAAGAAAAAACAAUCAUCAUGGGAAGAGCUGGCCUUCGCAGAAGACGAUGCCGCCGGAUCUUUGUGGCCGCCAAGAUCUUACGCGUGUAGCUUUUGCCGGAGAGAGUUUAGAUCGGCUCAAGCCCUCGGGGGCCACAUGAACGUUCACCGAAGAGACAGAGCACGGCUUAAGCAAUCUGACGAUCAAUACUUAUUCUCCAAGUCUUCUUCGUCUCCGGAGCAUCCAUCUCAUAAAAAUAGUGAAACCUCUUGCUAUACUUUGUUUUUUAACUCCAGUCCUAAUCGUUUAAAGUCUCAACACUCCCGUGUUAUUGAUCUUCCAUCUUCUCCUUCUUCUUUAUUAUAUCUGCCUCCUUCUAGGGGUUUUUCCGGUUUGCCUCAAAAGCAAGAUACGUCUUCUUCUUCUCCGAACGCUAUAGAACCUUCCAACAAUUCUGAAAAUAUUCUCUCUUCUUCCCCACGGUCGUGCCCGAAUACUUUUGUGAAGAAAAAGAGUUGUGAUCUUUAUGAAACUCCGGUUAUAGAAGGAAGCAAGAAGAGAAAGAUCGAGAGAGAUGUACCAAAGAACGGGGAUACAGAGAAUGUUAAUCUUGGAGACACCACUGAUCUCUCACUGAGAAUGAAUCUGGUGAUCCACGAGGGUUAUCCGAUUACUGCUCAAGUGAGCGAUGAAGAGGUAGGGAGGGGUGAUAGCCUUAAGAAAAGACGAAUGCGUGAGAGUUCAUCGGAGCCGUCGAUUUUCGUUUCAAGUUUUUCUUGCAAGAGUGCCAUAAUUACUAGAAACGAGGAGAUCAAACCUAAGGGUGGUCACUUUGAGGAUUUAGAUCUUGAGCUUAGGCUAGGGGCUGAUCCACCAAAGGAAAAUUGAUUGAUGGAUAUCAUCCAAAAAAUAAGAAGGUAUGGAAAAAGUUAUAUACAAAAUACAA